AUGAGUAAUCUUUCAGAUGGGAGACAAUCAGUACUUCAUAUAGUUUGUGUGGGAUUUCAUCAUGCAAGAGGACCAGAAAUAGAAUAUUGUUAUCCGGAAUUACAAGAAAUCCCGUCAACAUGGUCUCUUCUUCCAUUUAUGGCACUUCCUGAUGGAGUACAUUUGAAUGAAGAAGAUUUUUCAUAUUUUUGCAUUAAAAAUGAUCAAAAAAAUACAUCAACUAAUAAUAAUAAUCUAUCGACUAUUUAUGGGAUAUCAUGCACAAGACAGUUACUUUCUUCUGAACUUAUUAAUAAACCAGUCGAUGUAACCCGUUCAACUAUACAAAAAUCUAUUGUUGUACUUGUAUCAAAGCCUGUUUUUGGGCGUAUUAAGGAAAAAUUAAGAGCAGUGACGCAGGCGUACUUUUAUCAACAUAAUUUUGAAGACAGAAAUAUUCUUAUACAUUUAUAUAAUAGUCUUGCACAAAUAUUCCAUGAUGAAAUUAAUGGUUAUGAUAUUUAUCUUGGUAUACCUCUUCGUGAACUUUUAUAUCAAUUUCGUUGGAAAACUCUUGUAAUAUUGAAGGCUAUGCUUCUAGAGAAAAGAAUACUUUUUUACGGUACACGUUCAGAAACGCUAUGCAUGAUACAAUACUCUCUCUUAUCACUUAUUCCUGAGUUAUUAGAAAAUCUCCAAGAUGCAAGUGAUCCAUCAUUAAAUACUAUUGAAAAUCAAUUAACAAAACCUACAUCUUUAUCUACGAGUAAUCAUAAGUCGUUACUUUCAUAUAUGGGUAUGCCAUUUCAUAUUUUUUCUAAGGGUUCUUUUUUUGGUCCUUAUACACCUCUUCAACAAAUAAAAAUGCUUGAAAAUAAAACUACAAAAUCAUAUAUUAUUGGGAGUACAAAUACUCUUUUUUUGCAAAUGAAGAGAAAAUAUGCUGAUCUCGUUGUUAAUAUUGAUACAGGAGAAGUAGAUAUCGUUCAACCAUUAUUGAAGAAUGCAUUAUCAUUAAGUUUUUCGGAUAGAAAAUGGAUUAAUGAUAUUAUUAUGUCCGUAAUAGAUUCAUGGGACGAAUCAGAUACGAGUAGACCCAAAACAAUGGGCUUUUUGAGUAGUGAAGAACACUUACGAGCACAAUUUGAAGAAUACUUUUUGGCACUUGCUGCAACUGUAAAAUACGAUAAUUAUUUAGCUAAAAUUAAAAAUUCUCAAAAACUUAAUAUUACACAAUUAGAUACACAUGAAAAUAUAAUUCGAGAAUUUGGUCAAUGUUGGAUCGAACAAUGGAAAUUUACUGAAAAUUAUCGGUUAUGGAAUAAAUACACAGACGAUGAACUAUUCGAUAUAGUUGAUCCUAGGCAUCCUGUUGUUAAUCGUAAAAUUUCAUUAGAGGAUGUACAACAUAAAAUUUCAAAGUACUUAUCAAUAUUUAUAUUAAAUAAUAACUCUGAUAAUUUCUAAAAGCCAAAUACAAAAAUUAAAAUUAAA